AGGAUACAUCACAGGGGAGUGCUGGGAUGUGAGAAUGUGGAAUAGUAAUAGUUAGAAAUGAAGUGAUCCAUGAGCUUAAUGGAUCUGAAUAGGAUGAAAAAUACAUGUUUUGUAAUACUUCCUUCACAUUAUGAGUGUAAAGUGUCUUUAAAGACCAGCUUAGUGACUUAAUCUUAUCUUUGGUUUUCUUCAUCCUCCUCUUGUACACCACUUGACCCACUUGAACUUGUACCACCCUGGAAACUAUCUCUGGAAGACUCUCACUCUUCUAGGAAACAUCUCGCACCAUGUGGACUUUCCGCUGCUUGUCAGGGAAUUCUCAUCUCAUUUUGUACUUUCCUGCCUUUUGUAAACAUUUUUAUCUCUGAGCCUGUUGUGAGUCUUCCAGUUAUAUGAUUAGCUGUGACAGAUAUGCUCUUAUUUUAGUCAGUUUAUUAAUCCACAUACUACUAAACAGCGUUUCUUGCCUCUGAUAUACAUAAUUAAAAUGAUUGUGUAUAGGUCUUAGUCAGCUAUGCUCAUGUGGAACCAUCUGUUUAGACUGGAAGACUUCAAAUGAAACUGCAAUUGAGGUUUAAGUCUUACUGAUACUAUGUUAACCCCAGCUGCAUCCUACUGAAACCCUAACAUAAAUUUAUCAGCAUGUUUACAGAUUUGUAACACAUCUACCAAACGCAGCUUGACAUGAUCAUUUUUCUUUGGUUCAGUCAUAAAGGGGGUGGGUGUCUAGUUGGAUGUCUUUGUCUCUCUUUGAUGUCAUUUCAAGCACUGACACGUGCCAAAUAUACAUUUGUAUUGCUUACAACACUGAAAAUAACCCUUUCAUUGCUCAUCUUGUUAACAAUUAUAAUGGAAAAGCCUCUUUAAACUAUUUAUUUCUCACUGAAACUUUUUUAAUAAAAACUAAAAACAAAUAAACAUUAAAUCAACCCAAAAAAGGAAAGAAAAGCUGACAGGAAGUCUGGUUUGUCAAAACGUUAUGCUGCUUCCUCAUUGAUCAUUUGAGAGAAUCAUGACUCGUGGUGUAGUCUUGUUUGCGCUACUUUUGUUCUACAUAAUAGAAGUACAAGGUCUCCAACAUGUGUUUGUGCUGCAUGGAAAGGACUUACGCUUGGAUACAGAGAAACCUUUUAAACUUGACGAACAGAAAGAUUUGUUCUGGAGAUUUAAUUCCAGUAACAAUAUAGCUAAAUGUGUUUUUAAUAGAGAUCCAGUCGUGUAUAACGAAUAUCCAGGAAAGGUUGAGGUGUUUGGACCAAAUUACUCUUUGAAAUUAAAGAAUGUUCAACACAGUGACAGUGGAGAUUAUAAAGCAGUUGUGGUCAGCGAACAAGAGCAAAGCGUAGCUGAAUACAAGGUCAUAGUUCAAGAUCCAGUGACUGCUGCCAAACUGACAGUAGAGUCUGUGUCCAAGAGCUCAGACUCCUGUAACCUGACUGUGACCUGCAGCACAGUGGACUUUAACAUCAGCAGUAGUUUCAGAUGUGAUGGUAAAAUCUGCUCUCAUGCAGGAGCAAAGAAUUUGAAGGCCACAAAAAAAUUUUCCUCUCUAAGUGUUUACCUGCAGCAAGACACCAUUUUCUGUAAUCACAGCAACCAAGUGAGCUGGAAUCAAACCAUGAAGGUGCUCAAAUCUUACUGUGAAACAGAGACAGCUCCCAGUGGAGCCACCAUAAUUGCAGCUUCGACAUCUGUUGUCUUCUUGAUUCUCUUCAUUACCCUUUGUGUCAUAAUGAAAUGUAAAAGUAAAGGAGGGAACCAGGAAAAUACUAUAUAUGCGGUUCCUGAGGACAUCAUUCCAGGCCAGACUCAAAAUCAGACUCCCGCAGGACAUGAAUCAUGUAAUUCUCCAACAUCUACUUAUGCUUUGGUGGAGUUUCACACUGGACAAAAAUCCACUAAGACUGAAAACAUCCCCCAGCCAGAGACAGUGUAUGCUCAGGUGGACAGAGCUGCAAAGCCCAAUUCUACAGUCCAACAACAAACACCCAGAGCUGAAGAAAACCAAUAACUGUAUUUAUAAUGAUCAACAGAGGUCACUGAUGUACCAUGUGUGCAAAAUGUGGAUGUUCAUGUUACUCUGACCAAGAGAGAAACAUAUUAAUCAGAAAGCAUAUGGAUCUGUUCACUCACAUGUAGCUCACUUUACACACGAGAGGCUGGUUGCUGAAUGAUAUUGUGGUCUAACUUAAAGAUAAUUCAAAUUUUAUCUUAAUUUGAAUUAACAGAGCUAGUUAACCCAAUUUUUAUUCUUUCAAAGUCUUAUUUUUGAGAAAAUGAAAUACACAGAGUUUACAGACAUACCAACAAAGUGGGUAGACUCAGCUGAGAACCAAUGAGUGUAUGUGCCUGCAGAAUAUUGUGAAAUAUCUGCAAUAUUUAGUUUGUAAUGUUAUUACAUUAAUAACAUUACAUUACACGUGUAUAUGUUUCUUUUUAUCAUAUAUAAUGGUUUUUGAAUCAGUAAAUGUGUCCGCACAAGCAUUUCACUGCAUCUUGUAUGAUUGUGCAUGUGACAAAUAAAGGUUGUUUGUUUGUUGUUGGUUUUGUUUUUGUUUAAUUGUACUCUAACUGCUUUGGAUUUGUGUAUAAUAAAACCAGUGCAGUGCUCUUUAACUUUAAAAAUAUUCUACAGUCUUGAAAAUGUGAAACUAUUUAUAGCCAGGUAAAAAUGGCAGAAGUCUCAAAGAAGAGGAGAAUACAUGAACUAACACAGUACAUGUAAGUCUUAAAUGAGAUGCCAAUCUAUUUGAAUGCAUUUAAACCAUUUAUAGGCAGAUUAGUUAACAUCCCCUUUAUCACACUGUGCAACACAGCUAAUCAUACAGAUAAAUAGACUUUGGUAUUAAAUUACCAAUGGCCAUUUUUUCAAACUUCACAAAUGUCACGUGGUUGUAAAAAACAGUAGCCAUAAGUGUAUAGUCUGUAUGGGCUUGUGUACAGUUGUGGCAGCGACGGAGAAAACAAAAGCAAUUUUUUCUGUAUUUUUUUGUUUGUCUAGUCAGACUGACUGCAGUAAUGAUGUGUUUUCUUUGUAGCGGUUGAAACAAUAAAGAG